CCCUUUAAGCUAGGUGCCCAAAGGGGGGUAGCACGCAGGCUAUCGUAACUACUGCGAUUGCGUGUUUACUGGCAGCAAGAAGCGCAGCUUGAAGAUUCCUUUUGAGUAUGAAAAUCAUAGGAGCAGGCCUUCCUAAAACAGGGACGAAAUCAAUCGCCGCAGCCUUGAAACACUUUGGCUACAGUGUGCAUGACUUUGGCGAUCACUGGCAGUUCUACAAUGACGAGUACAUUGCUGCAUUCAAGGGCAAGAUUCCAAACUUCAAAGAGAUGUACCAACAUGUUGACGCGGUAACAGACGUACCAGCAGAUAUAUUUUACAAAGAGAUCUUCAAAGCUAUCCCUGAUUCCAAAGUGGUUCUCGCCGUUCGUGAUAGCGAGGAAAUCUGGCGCAAGAGUUUACAAAAGACGCUAGAGGUCACCGGGUCAGUGUGUACCACCACCGUCAUGAAUCUAGGAAAACAUCUCACCCCGACAGGUAGAAAAUGGAACCGCCUGAUGAUGUGCAUACUAAACUUCUGUGUAACCGAGAUGGACUACCAGAAGCAUAUUGACGACGCCAAAGCCAUGAUCCCCGCCGACCAACUACUUAUUUUCAAUUGCAAGGAGGGAUGGGAGCCGUUGUGUGCUUUUUUGGGCAUCAAGGAAGUGCCUAAAAUCCCGUUCCCUCAUGAAAACGUUGGUUCGGAAGAUGUACCAAAUACGAUAAAUAACAUUUGGAGCGUUCGCCGCAUGAAGAAGGAGUUGUUGGUGGUGCUGGCAUUGUUUGUAGGGAUGAUUGCCUGCGCAUGCGCAGUGCUGGCGUCACUCUGAUGAUAACCAAAGUAGACAAAUACGAUGGACCCACGACAACUCGAUAACUCCCCGAUAACUAGAACUCGGAUAACUCGUCCUCCCCGACAACACGAACUCGGAAAACUCGUCCUCCCCGGCAACUAGAACUCGGAUAACUCGGAUAAUAAUAAUAAUAAUAAUAAUAAUAACAAUAA